AUGUCUAUCUCAGUGAAAGGAAAAUCUGCCAUUAUAACUGGAGCUGGCUCCGGGAUCAAUCUCAGUUUCGCCAAAUUGCUUGCGGAAAACGGCUGCAAUGUCCUAAUCGCAGACCUAGCCUUGCGUCCUGAGGCACAAGUGCUAGUCGAUGAGCACAAGACAGGGCCUGCACGAGUGGUCUUCCAAGAGACCAAUGUGAUUGACUGGGUCCAGCUCGAACGGAUGUUCGAGGUUGCGGAAAAAGAGUUCGGUGAGAUUGAUAUUGUUUGCCCGGGCGCAGGAGUGUACGAACCGAGCUGGAGCAACUUCUGGCGCCCGCCUGGCUCAGCCGAAAGCAAGGACUCGGCCUCUGGUGGCCGAUACGCUUUGAUCGACAUCAACAUCACCCACCCAAUCCGCACGACGCAGCUGGCGAUUGCUCAUUUCCUGAACAACCGUACCAGCGACCGCCCGAAGCAUAUCGUCCAUAUCUCCAGCAUUGCAGGCCAGAACGCAGCUCUUGGGACUCCGAUUUACUGCGCCACGAAGCACGCCAUCAGCGGUCUGGUGCGGUCGCUCGCCAAUCUCGACAAGAAGUUUGGAAUCCGAGUCACGGCCGUGGCUCCAGGUGUUAUCAAAACUCCGCUCUGGACUGAUAAUCCGGAGAAGAUGAAGAUGGUUGAUGAGGGUGCUGAUGAGUGGGUGACGCCUGAAGAAGUGGCGGAGGUGAUGUUGGCGCUUGUGCAGCAGGAAGAGGUGAGCGAGAUUAUCGGGGACCGCUCGGGUCAUGGGCCGCAGUUGAAGGUGGAGGGAGGCACGAUUCUGGAGGUGUCAAAGACGGUGCGAGCUGUCAGUCAGUUUAAUGAUCCUGGCCCUGGUAGACGGCCUGGAAACACUGCAUCCGAUUAUCACGCGAUCGAGGAAGAGAGUUAUCAACUCUUGUCGCAGGAGGGAUGGGGUUUGCCGAAGAUAUAA